CAUAACUUAAAUUCAUCGUUGAUAGUAUUAAAUACUAAAACACAAUCAUAGUAAAAAAAUUAAAUAAACACUUAAUGGUACAAUAGUAACUGCAACCACAAUCCAAAGUCCGUUUAAGAAAACAUCACUUAGUUUCAAGUACAGAGUUCACUCUCUCACAAAUCUCUCAAAAUCCCACACAUCACAUUGUCUCUCCACAGUCUCAACAAUGGCGAAGAAGAUGAGUACAAUAAUCACCUCCAGCAUUCUCCUCUUCCUCCUCCUCCUCCUCGCCGUCGACACACACGCGCACAACGUCACGCGCCUUUUAGCAAACCACCCUUCUUUCUCCUCCUUCAACCAUCUCCUAACCAAAACUCACCUCGCCGACGAAAUCAACCGGAGAACCACCAUAACCAUCUGCGCCGUCAACAACGCCGCCAUGUCCGCCUUAACCUCCAAAGGCUACACCAUCUCCACUCUCAAAAACAUCCUCUCCCUCCACGUCCUCCUCGAUUACUUCGGCGCCAAAAAACUCCACCAGAUCGGCGGCGGCUCAGCUCUCGCCGCCACUCUCUUCCAAGCCACCAGAGCUGCUCCGGGAACCACGGGAUUCGUCAAUAUAACGAUGCUGAGAGGCGGCAAGGUCGGCUUCCGUCCCGACGGCGGAGAUAUGUCUUCCUUCUUCGUCAAGUCAAUAGAAGAGGUUCCGUACAACAUCUCCGUUAUACAGAUUAGUAGAAUAUUACCGUCGGAUGCGGCCUCGGCUCCGACUACAGCUCCGGCGGAGAUGAAUAUUAGCGGGAUCAUGUCGGCUCAUGGCUGUAAAGUGUUCGCCGAGACACUUCUGUCUAACCCCGGAGCUUCAAAAACCUAUCAGGAGAGUGUGGAAGGAGGCAUGACAGUGUUCUGUCCAGGUGAUGACGCCAUGAAAGCAUUCUUGCCCAAAUACAAGAACUUGACUGCUCCAAAGAAAGAAGCUUUCCUCAAUUUCCUCGCUGUCCCGACCUAUUACUCAAUGGCCAUGCUCAAAUCCAACAAUGGUCCGAUGAACACACUUGCCACAGAUGGAGCCAACAAGUUUGAGCUCACUGUACAGAACGAUGGAGAGAAAGUUACUCUCACAACAAGGAUCAACUCUGUUCAGAUUGUUAACACUCUGAUCGACGAGCAGCCUUUGGCUAUUUAUGCCACGGAUAAGGUUUUAUUGCCUAAAGAGCUGUUUAAGGCUUUGGCUGUUGAAGCUCCGGCUCCUGCUCCAGCACCAGAGGAUGGCGAUGUUGCGGAUUCUCCUAAACCGGCUAAAGGGAAAGCCAAAGGGAAGAAGAAGAAGAAGAAGAAGAAGAAGAAGAAGAAGGCUGCACCAUCGCCUGAUGAUUCUUUUGGUGAGUCCGACUCACCUGCGGAAGGGCCUGAUGGAGAUGCGGAUGAUGAGAAUGCUGAUGAAGCCAGUGCGGUUAGGAUUGUGGGAGGAGCUCAGGCUGGUUUUGUGGUUGGCUUGUUCUGCUUGUUUGCUUCUUCUUGGCUUAUAUAGUUCACUUUAUGUUUCCUUUGUUUUUGUUUCGUUUAGAAACUUUAUUUAUGGCUUUGAGGGAAAGUAAUUAUGUUUAUUUAAAUUCCCCCCUAUUAUAAAGUUUUUUUCAGUUUAUUGUUUGGUAGCCGAAUUAAAGUACUCGGUUGUAUGUUUAUUUUGUGUUUUUGCUUCACGUGUUUGUUGAAUUAAUGAUGUAAUGAACGGUGUUGGGGUUUAGCACUAGCUUCUACUUUAUA